GAAGUGGCUGUUUUUGUCUUUGAUAAAAAGCUGAUUGAUAAAUACCAAAAAUUUGAAAAAGAUCAAAUCAUUGAUUCUCUAAAACGAGGAGUCCAGCAGUUAACUCGGCUACGUCACCCUCGACUUCUUACUGUCCAGCAUCCUUUAGAAGAAUCCAGAGAUUGCUUGGCAUUUUGUACAGAACCAGUUUUUGCCAGCUUAGCCAAUGUUCUUGGUAACUGGGAAAACCUACCUUCCCCCAUAUCUCCAGACAUUAAGGAUUAUAAACUUUAUGAUGUAGAAACCAAAUACGGUUUGCUGCAGGUUUCUGAAGGAUUGUCAUUUUUGCAUAGCAGUGUGAAAAUGGUUCAUGGAAAUAUUACUCCUGAAAAUAUAAUUUUGAAUAAAAGUGGAGCCUGGAAAAUAAUGGGCUUCGAUUUUUGUGUGUCAUCAACCAAUCCUUCUGAACAAGAGCCUAAGUUUCCUUGCAAAGAAUGGGACCCAAAUUUACCAUCAUUGUGUCUUCCAAAUCCUGAAUAUUUGGCUCCUGAAUACAUACUUUCUGUGAGCUGUGAAACAGCCAGUGAUAUGUACUCUUUAGGAACUGUUAUGUAUGCUAUAUUUAAUAAAGGGAAACCUAUAUUUGAAGUCAACAAGCAAGAUAUUUACAAGAGUUUCAGUAGGCAGUUGGAUCAGUUGAGUCGUUUAGGAUCUAGUUCACUUACUAGUAUACCUGAGGAAGUCCGUGAACAUGUAAAACUGCUGUUAAAUGUAACUCCAGCUGUAAGACCAGAUGCAGAUCAGAUGACAAAGAUUCCCUUCUUCGAUGAUGUUGGUGCAGUAACACUGCAGUAUUUUGAUACUUUAUUCCAAAGAGAUAAUCUUCAGAAAUCACAGUUUUUCAAAGGACUGCCAAAGGUGUUACCAAAACUGCCCAAGCGGGUCAUCGUGCAGAGGAUUUUACCUUGUCUGACUUCAGAGUUUGUAAACCCUGACAUGGUACCUUUUGUUUUACCCAAUGUUCUGUUGAUUGCUGAGGAAUGCACCAAAGAAGAAUAUGUCAAAUUAAUUCUACCUGAACUUGGCCCUGUCUUUAAACAGCAGGAGCCAAUCCAGAUUUUAUUAAUUUUCCUACAAAAAAUGGAUUUGCUACUAACCAAAACCCCUCCUGAUGAGAUAAAGAACAGUGUCUUACCAAUGGUUUACAGAGCGCUAGAAGCUCCCUCCAUUCAGAUCCAGGUAUAUGUGUCUUAUUCUUUUCUAUCAGGUAUUUACAAAUGUACUUUUACUCAUAAGAAGUUGGGAAUCACCAAAGAACAGCUGGCUGGAAAAGUAUUGCCUCAUUUGAUUCCACUGAGUAUUGAAAACAAUCUUAAUCUCAAUCAGUUCAACUCUUUCAUUUCCGUCAUAAAAGAGAUGCUUAAUAGAUUGGAGUCUGAACAUAAGACUAAACUGGAACAACUUCAUAUAAUGCAAGAACAACAGAAAUCUUUGGACAUAGGAAAUCAAAUGAAUGCUUCUGAAGAGACAAAAGUUACAAAUGUUGGGAGUCAGCAGAUUGACAAGGUCUUUAACAGCAUUGGAGCUGACCUUCUGACUGGUGGUGAACCAGACAGUAAGGACGAUGGGCUACAUAGUAAACAUAAAGGAGCAUCACUUACACUUGAAGAAAAACAAAAAUUGGCAAAAGAACAGGAGCAGGCACAGAAGUUGAAAAGCCAGCAGCCUCUUAAACCCCAAGUGCACACACCUGUUGCUCCAGUCAAACAGACUAAGGACUUGACAGACACAUUGAUGGAUAAUAUGUCAUCUUUGACCAGCCUUUCUGUUAGUACUCCUAAAAUUUCUGCUCCAAGUACCUUCACUUCUGUUCCUUCUAUGGGCCUUGGCAUGAUGUUUUCUACACCAGUUGAUAAUACAAAGAGAAAUUUGACAAAUGGCCUCAAUGCCAACAUGGGCUUUCAGACUUCGGGAUUCAACAUGCCAGUUAAUACAAACCAGAACUUCUUCAGUAGUCCAAGCACACCUGGAGUGACAAAGAUGACCCUGGGAACACCUUCCUCUUUGCCAAACUUCAAUGCUAUGAGUGCUUCUCCUGUUGGUGCGAAGCAGACUCAACAGAGACCCACAGAUAUGUCUGCCCUUAAUAAUCUCUUUGGCCCUCAGAAACCCAAAGUUAGCAUGAACCAAUUAUCGCAACAGAAACCAAAUCAGUGGCUUAAUCAGUUUGUACCUCCUCAGGGGUCUCCAGGUAUGGGCAGUACAGUAAUGGGAACACAGAUGAACAUGAUAGGACAAUCUGCCUUUGGUAUGCAGGGUAAUCCUUUCUUUAACCCCCAGAACUUUGCACAGCCACCAGCUACUAUGACCAAUAGCAGUUCAGCUAGCAAUGAUUUAAAAGAUCUUUUUGGGUAAGGUGUCUUGCUCCUAUUUUUGAAGGAUUACUUCCAUUUUAAUCAUGGGUGAGCUGAUUUACAUCUCUGUAGAGUUGGCUUGGAAUAACUACUUCUGUGGGAAAUUGAAUGGAAAUUGAAUGGUUCUGUGACAGAAAACACCUGUUUCCAUGUCAGCGUAGUAGUUGUGUGGACUGCUAACCCAGUUGAGUUUUUUAAAGCAUUGAGGAUUUUUUUCCUCUUACCAACUCCUUCAGGUUUUUAAAGACCUAACCCUUAGCAAUCUCAAAGAAAAAAAGGACAAUUGAAUAUCCUGAAUAGCAGAAUUUUUUAGUCACAUGUUUUUUUUGGCUUGUACAUCUUGAUGUUAUAAAAAAAAAAAAAUUUGAGUUGAUGGUAAUUGCAAGUUUCAUCUAUUAAGUACUACAUGGUAUACAUUCUAUCUUCACAAGUCAUUAGUUUUCAUUUUAAUGUGUGAAAAAUCUUGAUGCUGUAUUAGUUGGUUUGCAUUAGUAUGACUGAGUAAGAAAAUGAUAAGCAUAAAGAAAAGGAUCAGGUUAUUUGCUUUUUCCAAUUUUACUUACAUCUCAAAUGAACUAAUGUUUAGUGCAAAAGACUGAGCAAAUACUACAAAAUUCAACUUACCUUGUUUUCUUUGGUUCAAACUAUAAGCAUCAUUAGCCAUCUUAAAUGCAAACUAAUCACUAUAAAUUAUAUUUUAGCAUGGUCUGCCUCAAAUAGUAAUGUAUUUUUCUGCAUUAACUUGGCUAUAUUUAGAAUCACUUUUUCCUACUGUAUCAUAGACAGAAGAGGUAUAUACUGAUUUGUACAACUAUUUGACAGAGCACUCGGGUGUGACUUCCUUGACUACUGCCUUCAUAUUUUCAUUUUGAAUUCAAACUUCUGAGGUUGCAGCAUAUAUGAAUUGCAUUUUCAAAAAGGAUAUUUGUAAGAAUUAUACUAUAUUUAAUGAGUAAACUUUUGAGAUUCCUUGCUGUAUUAUUUUGAAUGUAAUAAACUUUACUCCU